GCGUUCGCUUUUGGAGUCGCCAUUGAUCUUACUUGGAGUAGAUCGAACACUCUUCGGUCGGCCCUAACCAUAGGGUCAGAAGAAUGGCUGGAUAACCGUGCAUCAGGGUCAAUCACAUCGUGAGCCGAUUUGGUGAACAAAUAUUUGAACCGUUACCAUCCCCCAUCCAAGAUAGCAGAUCUCCAAAAAGAGAUUACCCACUUUGUGCAGGAGGAGGACGAGACCCUCAGAGAUGCAUGGGCGCGAUAUACAGGUCUCUUCCUGAAAUGCCCCCAUAAAGGAUUUAGUGACCCUUCAAGGUCGGCAAUUUCUACCAGGCCCUCUUUCUCGAGACCAACAGUUGAUUGAUUUUGUAUGCCACAUAAAUAUGAUGACUAAAACUCCCCUAGAAAUUAAUCAAACUUUUUGAGGGCCUUGCAGAACAGGGUUAUGACUAGGGAGUUGCAAAGAGAAGUCGACGUGUUCAAGGCCAAGGUGUUCAUGCUAUGGAGGCUCGACCAUCAGCCCUGGAAGCUAGAGUUCUGAGCUUGUUACAAAAAUCGACCAUAAAGGAUUUGUUAUUGGCACAGGCAAGCCCCAGGUGAUGUACUGCUAGUGGUGCUAGAGCUAAAAUCACAUGGUGGAGGAUUCAGGCCAUGAAAGAAUCCAACACAUAUCACUUGAGUUCGUGCAGAUUAUUGUCAAUGGUUAGCACGUGUCAACAACUACCACAUCCUAAGCCAAGUUUAACCUAGGAUGGCAUUGUCGUAUAGUGGUAAUCAAUGUCGUAUUUUACUCGGGUCCUGGUACCCUAGCCUACUUCCCAGUUCCCACCUAGUUGCUAAUUAGUUAAUCGCUUUUGGAGGUUUAAGUGGAGGAAUUGAGGAGAUAACUAGACUAGAGAUUGAUCAAAGCUAAAAGCAGGUACUUCGGGGUUACUAUGCAUGCAUAAAUACUUAGGGUUAUCGAAUGUGGUGAGUGAGCUCUUUUUCGGGAGCUUUCGUGGUUAUCAACAAGCCUCUGAGUACGCCUCCCCUAAAUCCAUAUAUAGUCACCUCGAUCUAGGCUAUUGUAUCUGGGGCAUUUAGCUCAUGGCUCAUUUCAAUGGACACUAUCCACCAUCCACACCGAGGUUUCAUCCCGGGUUCUAUCUAAGAAGGCUAACCUACAGCAGGGGUUUGGCCGCCUCGACCACCAUAGGUCCCUAUUCAUACAUCUCAAAAUCUUCUCAUCUCCCAAGGGAGAAAGAAGUCUUCUAUUUAUAGGCAAUCUGCGGAUGGAGAAGAUCACGGCCAAAAGCACAGAGAUCGCGGUCGUGAUCUUUAGUAGUGAGGCGCGAUCUUGAAAUUACGUCGUCCUGACCUUCAAAAAUGAGGAGAUCGCGGGCUAACUUCGUGGUCGCGAUCAAUGAGUCGCAGCCUCGAUCUUCCUCACGGUCAAAUAAUGUUGUGGCCGUGAUUCAACUAGGGAAAGUCUUUGAUUCUCCCUCGCUCAUUCCUCACGAAGUUCGCACCCUUAGCCCUCCAAUUCGUGAUCGCGAUCUAGGGCUUCUGGAGAAAUUCACAUAUUCCAAUCAGUUUAAUCCAACUCUCUACAGUCAGGAUAUCACAAAUGUAGCUAUCCCUGUCGGGAAUUACUACGUACUAAACAAUUAAAUCAAAUCCUACUAUCGUAGCUCAAUGAGUUAAUUAUUUAGCCUGAAGAUCGAUAUCCCAAUCAAGACCGCAUAGUAUCUUAUUUAAUCCACUGUCGCUUCGAUAAGUUACUAUGUCACAUGAAAUAUGUUCAAUUAUUAGGGUUUCACUGUCGCUAAUAACCUAAUUAACUACGAUUCAUGGUAUUGGUGGCCAAUCAACACAAAGCAUUAAGCAAUUUCAUGCAAUAAAGAUUGGAAGAAAAGAAAUAUGAAUCAAUCCAUCAAAUAUAGAAAUAGCUACAUCCUAUGGUGUUUCCACCAGAAAUUGGGGUUUAGUUCAUGACGAAAUCAAAAGAUAUAAUCAUGUUCAUACUCAUUGAACUAAUCACGAGCGAAAGAAAAUACUGAUUUUGAAUUAUGCAUUGCGAUCUCCUGUUCCUCACGAUAGUUUGUUGUUGUCCCGCACUAGUCGCCUGUUAUUCGCUCUUGUUCCGCGCUGCCCUCGCUAUUAUUCCUCCCAAAAGGAAUUCUCUGCUCGCCAAUUCCUUCUCCAAUUAAUUCCCUCUAUCCAAUAUAUUUCCUUUAGCACCUAGCGGCUCCCAAAAGAUCCCCGGUCCAAUUAAUUCAAUUUCGUCCAGGACUCUCCAAAGGCGUCCAAAUAAUUCCAAGUCUCCAAACUCUGUGUUGCCUCUUUUCUUCCUUUUUUUUCCAAGGACAAAAAAUUUGGUCCCUUUUAAAUCCCAGAACAAGAAUUGCAAUUCCCUUUAGCUCAAUUCCGGGUCCAGGUUCUCCUUGUGGGCUGACCGGCUGGUUUCAAAUGGACCAACUGCUUGCUACAUAAUAGAUCCCAAAUUCCCUGUCCAAUUAAUUAUACUCUCGCUUUUCUUGUACUUCUUUUUCCAUUUGGUUGUGCUAUUGCAAUCUGCCCGUGUUGUCAUUUUAUCAUUUUCUUCACCUGAAACACAUCAAGAACUCUAACACCGGAUGGUAAUGGCUUUUCAACCAUUCCAUAGUUAAUUGGCCCUAAAGCAAGCAUUCUAUGUUUUCGACAAUUAUCACAACCCCACACUCAAAACUUGCUUGUCCCUAAGCAAUGACUCAGACAAGAGAACGAUAAUUGGAGGAAACACAACACAUGCAACACAGGGACAACCUUGUUCAAAACGCAUGACCCACAAAACACAAUCAUUAACACCAUGAAUUUAUCCUUAUACUCUUGUGAUAAUCAAUAGUUUCUUUCUCAUCAAAUUAGUUGUGCUUUAAUGAUCAUACCAUUCACCCCACACUCAAGUUCUUUGCAAGCACUUACCAUUGACUGACUAAAAUCCACCAAAAACUCUAUUAGCAAACACUCAAUUUAGGUCGUCGGUAGUGGGUUAUUAACAACUUAUGGUGCAACAAUUAUUAGGAGAAUCUAACCACAUCAGUGAGGUGCAUAUCUCGUGAGGGCAAUCUGGCUUACUCACACCAAUCAUUAGCAAUUAACUAAGCAUGAGUCUCAAAAAUAAAUGGGGGAAGCUUUUCACAAACUUGGUUUUAACUUUAAGCACAUCACUACCUUUCUGACAAGGAGAGGCUUUCUCUCUUUCUGAUUUUGCUUGCCGAGUUGUCAUAUUUAGUACAAGUAGGAUUUGUUUCUUACUACCGGUGAUCUAGCAAGAGCAAUUUCUGCUUCUUAGCACUCGCAUAAGGGCUUCUUUCAACUCCUUUUCCUCGGUCCAUGUGGAGGGUCACUACACAUCCUCACAUGGCACUUUACUCAACGAGGAAUCGUACUUGAUAAACAACAUCGUACGUGAUAGGGAAAAAGCGUAUAUGCCUUAAUCCUAUCUUGUAGUAAAUCGGAAUGUCCAGGUAUCGUCUUUUAGGGACUGGUACAACCUUAAGUUUUAUCAAUUUAUGGAGAAAACUAUAAGUGAAAAUGGUUUGAGAGAUAAACUAAUUUCUAAAAGCAUAAUUAAAUAAAAAAAUUAAGUAAUG